AUGACCAUUAUACGACGACUCCUUUCUACUUCCAAUUGGAAACCACCAGAGUCAUAUUUUUCUCAUUCUCCACUUAACUAUGAGUCGUACUCAAGAAGAUUGAAAGGUGCAAUCCACUACAUCGCUCAGAAUGGAAGAUUCACGGAAAGUAUUCUUAUAGAUUGUAUCAGAGCCAAUAGACAGUUACAACAGCAGAACUGGAAUUCGAGCCCAAUAAUCCAGAAGACAAGAUCCAGAAACGACUUUCUCAAUCUCAAAUUGAGUCCCAGCAAUAGUACACUUGAAGAUGAACUAUUCAGUUUUGUAUUCAACAGACACCAAGAACGUUCGUCGAGUCCUGAAAUUGUCCGCUCAUAUCUAAUUACUGAACCUCUCCCUUCCAAUACUGCGCGAGUUAUAGACGUAGGAGUGAAAGGGUUUGAAUACAGUUUUUUGAAGCAGAAAGUUGAACCUUCAUUGGUUUUCACAGCUUUGCGGUUGUUGUUAGACAGAAAAGAUUACCAAAAUAGUUUCAAAUUGAUAGACUCUACAUUCAACUGCGACGCCUACAAGGAGCUACAAAGACAUCAAAUUGGUAGAAACUUGUUUGGUUGGUUUCUGUACAUUGCAGUAGCAACUGUAGUACAAGCAAUAUUAUUUCCUUUGGUUUCAAUAUUGGCCCUCUUCUCGGUGAAUACAGCAACUGCUGGCAUUUUGAUGUACGGACUUCUAAGGUUAGACACGGCUGAAAAUUUGGGUAGAAUCAGCUGGAGACCCUACGUCUCAAUGCUCUACAAAUUUACACAUCGCGAUGAAUUGCUUGCAAUAAAUACUGUUAUCACUCAUUUCGAAGAACAUAACGAAGUGAAUAUCAAAAACUACCACCACAGCCGAGUUCGCAAGCUCUCUAACCUAAAGUUGUUUGACCAGGACGAGUAUGUUUUGGAGCUACCUAACGACAGUGUAGAACUCGCAUCUGUAGAGUAUAGUGGACAGACAUUCCAAGAGGAAAAGGGUAUAGUUGAACUUCAGCAGUACUUCAAACACGAGUUGAACAGCCGGAAGAUGGUCUUCAACGAUUUGCCGGAGGAGUUGAUUUUCCUCGAGUUCUGGUUUACCCACGGUGAAAAUUUCGAGUGGGUAGAGCCAGAUCAGGAUCCGGCAGAGAUCAUAAAGUUAGAUAUCCAAAACCAGAAAACCGAUUAA